AUGACCACCAACGACACAACCUUCAGAACCGAACUCCGCAACACCAAAGUCCUAGAAGGACCCUUCCCACCCCUCAACUUCACCACCUUCCCCCCAACCCCCCAAGAAGCCUUCCAGAACUGGUUCCACGAAGCCGUAACAGCAGGCGUGCGCGAGCCUCACGCAAUGACCCUCUCAACAGUCGACGACGAGGGGAUGCCCGAUGCGCGGGUCCUAAUCCUCAAGAACGUCGACAGCCGAGGCUGGCAUUUCGCCGUCAAGGCUGAUAGCCCGAAAGGCACGCAGUUGGCCGGGAAUGGCGCCGCGGCAUUGACGUUCUAUUGGCCUUUGCUUGCUCGACAGGUGCGGGUGAGGGGGGUUGCUGUUGCCCUGCCUGAUGCGGAGAGUGCACUGGAUUACCAGGCUAGACCUGUUGCUUCGAAGAUCAGUGCCGUGGGGUCGGAGCAGAGUGAGGUGCUUGGAGAUUGGAGGGAUUUGGCGCAGAGGUUAGUUGCGGCUGAGGGGGUUUUGGGGAGGGAUUCUAUGGCUGGUGUUGAGAAGUGGAGGGUUUAUGCGGUUGAUGCUGGGGCUGUGGAGUUCUGGCAGGGGGAUGCUAAUCGGCUUCAUCGGCGGUUGAGGUAUGUUUGGUCUAAGGAUGAUUGUAAAUGGGUGAAGCAGUUGCUUUGGCCUUGA